UGCGCUGCGCUCUCCCCAGCCGGCACCAUGAGCUCCUACAGUUACGACCCGUAUUACACUUCCUACAAGCGCCGGGUGGUGGAGAGCAGCCCCAGGGUGCACAUCAGGAGCAGCUAUGUCUCUCCCAGCAGAACCACUUACUCCCCGGUGGUUUCCAGCACUAUGCGCCGGAGUUACGCCGCCUCUUCUUCUUCCUCCUCUUCCCUCCUGCACGGCGUGGACACCAUGGACCUGUCGCAGGUAGCGGCGAUCAGCAGCGACUUGAAAAUCGUGCGAACCCAGGAGAAGGCGCAGCUGCAGGACCUGAACGAUCGCUUCGCCAACUUUAUCGAGCGCGUCCACGAACUGGAGCAGCGCAACAAGGUGUUGGAGGCAGAGCUGCUCCUAUUGCGCCAAAAACACAACGAACCCUCCAGGCUGCGGGAUCUGUACGAGCAGGAGGUACGGGAGCUGCGUCUGGCGCAGGAGGAGGCUACGGGGGACCGGCAGACUAUGCGCAACGAGCGCGAACGUUUAGAGGAUGCGCUGCGCCUGCUGCAGGGGCGCUAUGAGGAAGAAGCGCUGAGCCGGGAAGACGCGGAGGCCAGGCUGUUGGAUGUGAGGAAAGAAGCCGACAUGGCAGCCCUAGCCCGGGUAGAACUGGAGAAGCGCAUGGAUAGCCUUCUAGACGAAAUCGCUUUCCUGAAGAAAGUACAUGAGGAAGAACUGGCGCAGCUUCAGUCGCAGGUGCAAUACGCUCAGAUCUCCCUAGAAGUCGAAGUGGCUAAGCCCGAUCUCAGCUCUGCCCUGCGGGAUAUAAGGGCCCAGUACGAGAAGCUGGCAGCCAAGAACAUGCAGUCCGCGGAGGACUGGUUCAAGUCGCGAUUCACUGUCCUGACGCAAAGCGCAGCCCGCAACACGGACGCAGUCAGAGCCGCCAAGGAUGAGGUGUCCGAGAGUCGCAGGAUGCUCAGCGCCAAGGGUCUGGAGAUAGAGGCUUGUAGGGGGGUGAACGACGCUCUAGAGAGGCAAAUCCAGGAACUGGAGGAAAAGCAGAGCGGGGAAAUCGCAGGGAUGCAGGAUGCUAUAAACAAAUUAGAGGAAGAGCUGAGGAACACCAAGAGUGAAAUGGCGAGGUAUCUGAAGGAAUAUCAAGACCUGCUCAAUGUGAAGAUGGCUUUGGAUAUAGAAAUUGCUGCCUACAGGAAGUUACUUGAGGGGGAGGAGACCCGACUGAGUUUCUCCGGCGUUGGUGCCAUCACUAGCGGCUACACGCAGAGUGCCCCGGUCUUUGGCCGUUCCGCAUAUAGUCUGCAGAGCAGCUCUUAUAUGACUUCCCGGGCAUUCCCUACAUACUACUCCAGCCAUGUCCAAGAGGAGCAACUUGACAUAGAGGAGACUAUAGAGUCUUCUAGAGCAGAAGAAGCCAAGGCAGAAGCCCCAGAGGAGGAAGAAGAAGAGGCUGGAGAGGAAGAAGCAGAAGGUGGAGAGGGGGAUGAAGGAGAAGGUGAAGAAGGGGAAGAAGCUAAGGAAGAGGAAGCUGAAGAAGAGGGCGAAGGAGAAGAAAAAGAAGAGGAAGAGGAGGGAGAGGGUGAAGCAGAGGGUGAAGCAGAGGGAGAAGGAGAGGCAGAAGGAGAAGGUGAGGAGGAAGAAGAAGGCAAAGGAGAAGAACCUGCAGAAGAGGAAAGUAAAAAGAAAGAAAAGAAAAAAUAGAGGGAAUAAUGGUUUCCCAGCUACUAGAUCCGCCUUUGCAAUUCCAACCAAUCUCCAUACUUCGUCCCCUCAUGACUUGAGUGAUACAGAGCACUUCCUCCCUACACACUUGCACUCCCGCAGGCACCUCUAUGGUUAGAUCACCCCCUCAUGUUGAGCAUUUGGACACCAGCUUCACGCAAACCAGCCCUGGCCCUGUCACCCCUCCCAGGGUUUGCAUGGUAAAAUAAGAGGGAGUUUAGAACCUGAAGUUUUCGAUGAUUUCAUCCUCAGCGAAGGGUACAUGUGCCGCAGUUUCAGCCUUUGCCACAAGGGUUGGCGGCACAUGGUGACUGAGAACCAAUAAGCUGGCAGUGUUGUUUGAAUGUUCUCCGCUGUUCCCCUCUCCUAAUGGCGCCCCUAAAUCCUUCAUACUGCUCAAGACUGGCACUGCAGGGCAAUAGAGAGCAGCUUAUGAAUGUAUUGGUGGCUUCUGUGGUUCCGUUCCCUAUACCAACCAAUAAAGGGGUAAACCGCAUUCCACA